AUGGAGUCUCCGGCAUCAGAGACUCAUGACCUUACUGGCGCGGGUUAUGUCACCAAUGGCUUCCCAGCACCUGGAUUGCCCCGGACUGUGCGCCACAUCACCGGAUUCAACCCAGACGGCCAGUCCGUGUUUCUAAGCACUGAUUCGGGAGACCACCACCGCAUCAUGGGCGAGCAACAAGCCGUCGCGAACAUCAUAUAUUCGACUGCAGAAACGCCUGUUGACCUAAACGAUAGCGCUGACGUGAAGCACGCCAAAGAGAAUGAGCCUCCGCUACACUACCCAAAUGGUACCGUGGCCCGCAUGAUCGACUUUGCCCCGGGUGUGGUGUCUCCUAUGCAUCGUGCGGCGUCCCUGGACUAUGGCGUUGUCUUGGAGGGCGUGUUCGAAUUGACGCUUGACUCUGGCGAGACACGAAUCAUGAGAAGAGGUGAUAUCAGUGUGCAGAGGGCUGCGGCGCAUCAGUGGCGCAAUAUCACGGGCAAUGGUACUAUGCCUGGUCGUAUGCUGUAUAUUCUGCUUGAUUGCAAGGACGUGUACGUGGAGGGCAAGAAGCUUGAGGGAUAUCUUGGCUUGUUGGGACAGUAUUACAAAGGAAACGAGAAAUAA